UGCUAAGGCGUAGGGAGUGCUAACACUAUCUCCCUCAUGGCUAGAGGCAAGUCUACCCAAAAGAGGUGCAAUAACCAGGCGCGGACUGAUCAUUUGGAAACUCGGGCACUGCCCGAGGUCCAGGGGUCAGUAGGGGGCCCCAUAAGAUGCCCCUGGUACCUUUUUCAUAGGCUUUUUUGAGUUUGGGCAAGGACACAGGUGCCCCAUGAUCUCCUAUUGCCUGGGGGCCCCAUGAGUUGUCAGUCCACCCCUGGCAAUAACCUUGAGACUUGACUAAACU